AUGAACACUGCAGUGGCUGUUCUUCUUGCUGUUUGCUUCCUGCUAUACAUCACUGAAGGACGUCACAACCAUAGCCACAGCCACGAACAUGGUGGCGAAAGACCGCCUAAACCGGCGUUCCUCAAGAACCUCAACGAAACUCUCCGCGAAGAAUUCUGGAGCAUCGUGAAGGAUAAAACUCUACAACCUAGCGAGAAAAGAGCGAAGGUCUUGGCAUGGGGAGAGAAAUACGGCCUUCAGUCUAGAGAACAGAAGGCAGAGGUGAAUGUGAGGAAGAGGAUCAGUAGCAUGGAUGAAAGAAAUAUGACAGGGAAAGAGUGCUUAGAUGGGAGCUCUACACUCGGUUCCCAACCACCAACCACCCCGCCGUACAUCGCCCUGUGGUUGGCACCAGCUUCACCAGUUAUUCACCUUCCCAUUGACCACGAUGAACUCGGGAAUCCGAAGGAAACGCAGGAGCAUGAAGACAGAGUAGCAGCUUGGUGGGCAGCUCGUAAGGGGUCUACUGCACCACCAGUAUAG